AUGAAAACCAAGGGCGCCAAGAAGGGAGCUGGCGCCGGAGAAGCCCCAAAUUCCGAGGAGAGCAGCUCUGAUGAUGAGGUCGAUAGCGGCCCCUAUUGUAUUUGCCGUGGCCCAGACGACCAUAGGUGGAUGAUAGGCUGUGACGUCUGUGAAGACUGGUUUCAUGGCGAAUGCAUCCACAUCGACAAAGAGCUGGGCGAGAAACUCAUAGAACGAUUUGUCUGCCCUAGAUGCACCGAUGGCAUAGACAACUACACCAAAUAUAAGAAGACGUGUUCGCUUGAUGGUUGCACCAAUCCGGCUCGCUUGUACGGUAAGAAGGACAAGUCCGUGUUCUGCUGCAAUGAUCACUGCGAUACUUGGUGGGGUUCUAUGAUCAACACCCUGCCCACGAAAGCAGCAUCCCAAAAGGCCGUCGAGGUUCUCACCCAGGAGGACUUCAUGGGUCUACUGGCUGCUACUGCUGAUCAGGGUGGUUGGAAACUGGGUGAUGAGCCUUUCGGAAAGAUCGAGGGUCUGUGGGCAAACGGCUUGCCAACCCGUCCUGGCGUUCUCAGCGAUGAAGAGCAGGCCUUUCUGCAGAACUCAGCUGCUGAGCGCCUGGCCCUUGGCAACGAGAUCGUCAUGUACAAGAAGAUGAUACAACUCCUAGACUGGGCCAACCACCGACGCCUGACUGCCAUUGAGAAGGAGAAAAUGACCAAAGAUGGCUGCGGUUAUGACUACCGCUUGGACGACGUUUCGGUCCGCCACGCCUUUGCCGCCUGGCUCGACUCUCCCGAAGGCCAAGCCACAUUCACGGUCGGCAAGCUCGACACUCCUAUUGAACCCGGCGAUGGCGAACCUGCCACACGCGGAAUGUGCGAGAAGAAGCGUUGCACAGCCCACAAGGGCUGGUAUAAGAUACUCAUGAGCGCGGUUCGUAAUCAGAUAAAGGAGACGGCUACGGCUGCGGCGGACAAGCUGGACUCAGAGGAUGUCCUGCGGCAGCAGGCGGUGAUCAGAUUUGAGAGACGUCAGUUGGAGAAUAACUGGGUCGAAGUUAUUGACCCAAACUAA